UUGGAUUUCGUUAAUCCCAAGCAACAAACGCAAAGAGAGUCGAUAAAACCAUAACUGUCUAGCUUUCUUUGUGCAAGAGGCUCUAACCAUGGGGAGGACUGCAACAUUAGCAACUAGUACUUUAAAUCAAUGGGCCAUGGAUUUUAAAGGAAAUCUUGCACGAAUAUCGGAAAGCAUCAAGAUUGCAAAGCAGAGAGGUGCAACUUACCGUCUGGGCCCUGAAUUGGAAGUCACAGGUUAUGGUUGUGGCGACCAUUUCCUGGAAAGUGACACAUUUCUUCAUUCUUGGCAAGUAUUAGCAGAACUGAUAUCAAACCGGGACAAUAUGGACAUCAUGUGCGACAUCGGAAUGCCUGUCAUGCACAAGAAUGUCGCAUACAACUGCAGGGUGAUAUUUGUCAACAGAAAAAUUUUGCUGAUCCGCCCAAAGAUGACACUAUGUAAUGAUGGAAACUACAGAGAAACUCGGUGGUUCACAUCCUGGAAACGACACAAGUGUACGGAGGAAUACUUCCUCCCGCGAAUGAUUCAGGAAAUUACUGGACAGAAAACUGUGCCUAUAGGAGAUGCUGUCAUAUCAACUGUUGACACUUGCCUGGGGAGUGAAAUUUGUGAAGAACUUUGGUCCCCAGAUGGACACCACAUUGACCUCAGUUUAGAUGGAGUAGAAAUAAUAGCCAAUGGCAGCGGAAGUCACCAUGAACUCAGGAAAGGUUAUGUCAGGGUUGACCUGAUCAAGUCAGCCACCAUGAAGUGUGGUGGGAUUUACAUAUUUGCCAAUCAGAUGGGCUGUGAUGGAGAGAGGACUUAUUAUGACGGCUGCUCUAUGAUUGCAAUCAAUGGAAGAAUCCUCUCACAGGGGCCACAGUUUGGGAUCCAGGAAGUGAUAGUUAAUACAGCUACAAUUGAUCUGGAGGAUGUAAGAAUGUACAGGAAUGCUAUUCGCAGUAGGUCCGAAAUGGCCUCCAAUGUCCAGUCAUUUCCCAGAGUUCACUGUGACUUUGCCCUGUCUCAUCCUGACUUCUUCCAGCCUACCACUGACCCUAUUGAGUGGAAUUACCACACACCAGAGGAGGAGAUCAGCUUGGGUCCGGCCUGCUGGCUGUGGGAUUACCUGCGGAGAAGUGGACAGGGUGGAUAUUUCCUCCCACUCAGUGGAGGGAUAGACAGCUCCAGCACUGCCUGUAUAGUGGCUUCAAUGUGCCACUUGGUGGUAGAAUCUGUCCAAAGAGGAGGUAAUUUUGUUUACAAUUAUUUCCACCUGUCUAUCAGUAUUGACGUUGCUGUGGCAGCAGUCCUGGGUGUGUUUACAGCGGCUCUGAAAUUGCUGCCAAAGUUCAAGGCCAAUGGAGGUAGUCUACGAGAGAACUUGGCAUUGCAGAAUGUUCAGGUAAAACAGAUUAUACAAUGUAUCAUAUUUUUAGCUUUAUUGGUACCAAAAAUGGAGAAAACACAAAGUUUGCGGGGCUACAUGACAAAGUAUGAUUGUUCCAGCGCUGACAUCAAUCCGAUCGGAGGAAUUAGUAAAACAGACCUACGUCGUUUCAUUCUCUACUGUUCACAGCAUUUUGGUUUUACAGCUCUUAAUAAGAUAUACCAUGCCCCUCCAACAUUACAGCCCUUAAUAUCCAAAACUCUUUCAGAGGAUAUGGGUAUGACGUAUGAUGAACUCUCCUUGUAUGGUCGUCUACGUAAACAAAACUGCUGCGGCCCAUACAGUAUGUUCUGUAAACUGGUUCACGUGUGGAAAGACAGGUGUUCACCAGAGGAGGUGGCAGUCAAGGUGAAACACUUUUUCCGCUGCUAUUCCAUCAAUCGACACAAAAUGACCACAUUGACCCCUUCAUAUCAUGCAGAAACCUACAGUCCUGAUGACAAUCGCUAUGACCACAGACAAUUCUUGUACAACGUUAAGUGGCCCUGGCAGUUUGAAUGUAUUGAUGAACAGGUUGAGAAGCUGAUGAUUCUUUACGAGGAAACAAAGAGAACACAGAGAAGAACCAUGAACCCUUCACCCUCCCACUCAAGUCAGAACUCGGCGAACCUUGACCGGAACGUGUUUGACCCCCCCAACGAAGAACACGGCAACACAGAUUAUGGGAUUGUCGUAGCCAGCCAAGCCUUCAACGAAGACAACAUGGACUCUGAUGAAACAGAGGAGAGUAGCCUUAAGCUGACUACAGAAGGACAAGGUGAUCCUUUUAACCUCAAACCCACGACACAACAGAACAGUUCUACUUACAUUGAAACCAAGGAUAUAAAGGGUGACAUUUUACAAAGGAAAGCAAUGUACGAUGAAUUAGGCACAGAGAAUGAGAAUCCCAGUCACACGUUGAAUGUCUCUGAUCUACAUGUAGAAAUGUUACCAUCACUUACAAAUUACAAGUUAUUCAAUUUGUGUGACGUUGAGAGAUAUGGGGCUCUGUGGAAUAAUUUAGACCCUUCAGUUAGUUGUAAACGUCAGUUUCAGUAUCAGUCCGAGAAAAGUGGUCAGUCAAAGAGAUCUCGAAUUUUACUCACGGUGUAAGGUUUAAGUUUAGAAAUGCAUAAUAGCUUUUAAAUUGCAGGAUUUCAGAGACUGGAGUAGUCUUGCUCAAUAAAUUAGAAUAUCAAGGAACAUGUGAGAUGCUAUGAAUUUAAAUAAAUUGAUAUUCUAUUAAACUAAUGGAGCUAAUUAUCUGAACAUUAUUACACAAAUCAGUAAACCUUAUCAUUGAUAUACCGGUAUGUGAGAAGAAAAGGGAUAAUCAUGUUUUAAAAUAACAAAAAAAACCAACAAAAUAAAUCAGUUAAUAAAAGUUUCUCUGUAUUGCUGCAUUAGAUUUAAUACUGUCGAAAUGAUCAAUUUCAAGUAAAAAAAAAUAUAAAGGGAAAUAACUUUUUCAUUUUUUAAGUGAAAAAAUAAAAUUGACUUAUUCCCCUUAUGCUAUAUUUGUAAUAGUUUCUUAUCAUUACACUGUCAUAAUAAUUAAUGUUAUUCCAGAUUUGUGUAUCAGGAGUUUAAGAAUGAGAUUCAGAAAUAAUCACACCGUAGUCAAAUUUAAGUAAUUCACACUGUGAAAUCCAUUCCAUUUUGGAAAAAAGAGUAUUACCCUGUAUAUAUGGCCAAAAAAAAACAGGUGAAAUCCUGCAAAACAAAAUAAAAAUUAAAAAACUAAAGUCCAUCAGAGGUAACACAUUGUUAGUUUUCUCAGGUAUCUAAGCAUGCUAAGAAUAAUAUGUGUAAUUCCUCAUAUUUUGAGUAAAGUUUGCAGGUU